GACUCUUUUAAUUCAGUGUCAUUUAAAAAUGCUCCGCUUACUGAUCUUUCUGGGAAUUGGAGUCCUCGGCUGCCAAGCGGACUGCAAUGUGUGCUCUGCGUCUUCUGAAGUGGCCUGCGUAUCAUUAAGAGAGUUCCGAUUCUGUUCCUCCGCAGCCGUGCCCAUUGGAUCUGUGUUCUCCUGUCCCAAGGGAUUCUACUGUACGGGCAACUCCAUUGUUUGUAGCAAAAAUGCAACCUUUGCCGCAUGUACUGGAUGCAAUACAUGUAGUUUAGACCACCGAUUUGCCUGUACUAGUCGAAAUACUUAUUCCUUGUGCCUGGAAAACGAAACGCCAAUUUCGUCGAUUUGCGGCACUUGUUUUGGGGAUUACGUUUGUAAUGUUGAAAACCCAAAUAUUUGCGGAAGUCCAAGUUUGUGGGAAGCCUCCUGCUAUGGAUCGGAUCCGGAAACCUGUGCAACUGUUGAUAGUGCAAAGGAAUAUUGUAGCUCUUUAAGACGGUCCGGGCGAUUUCCUUACGUGGAAGAGUCAUCUAUUUCCCUUAAAAGGUAUGUUUACUGUUAUUUUUACGGAAAAAUUUUCUAUGGAAAAGUAUACUCAUGUCCCGGGUCCACCUACUUCGAUAGCUCUAUCCAAGCUUGCACCACCCAAAAGGAUCCUACAUCGUAUGUAACUUUCAACGACAAAUUACUACUUUAAACAGGAACAUGUAAUAUAACUGAAAUAAAGAAGAUGCAUUAUUAA